CAGCGGAACGCUCGCUCGGAGCCUCGAUCUGCGCGGGGAGGAGGCGCCGGUCCUGCGUCGGCCGGGGCAAGGCGGGGCCUGCGGCACUCCCUCGGCCCGCCCCUGUCGGCCAGCGCGCGAGGAAGUCCGAAUUCCCGGCAGCACCAGACCGGGGGUCCCGCCGGGGCCCAAAGACUGCAGUGGCCCCAAAGAGCAGCCGGGCCUUGCCGGGUGCAGAAAAAGAACCUGCAUCGGAACGCAGGCUCCACGGCCCGCCCCGAGGUGGACGGAAUGGAUCUUCGGCGGAAGCCCGGCCGGGCACCGUGGCGCGAGUCUGGAGGGAUGGCUCGCCGGAGCACGACUCUGCACCUCGUGGCAGGCGGCUUUGGUGGAACAGCAGGAGCCAUUUUGACUUGUCCAUUGGAGGUGGUGAAGACGCGCCUGCAGUCCUCCACCUUGGCCACAAGGCCCCUUUGCCUACCUGCAGUGCAGUUGCAAGGAGUGAAUGGAACAUUCGUCCGCCCGGGACUCCCCAGGAUUGGGUUCCUUGAACUGCUAAGAAUCAUUCUAGAGAAGGAAGGUGUUCGCUCCCUGUUUCGAGGCCUGGGACCUAACCUUAUUGGAGUUGUUCCUUCCAGGGCCAUUUAUUUUGCUGCAUAUUCAAGAGCUAAAGAGAGACUCAACACAGUGCUUAUGCCAGAGUCCAAGAAAGUUCACAUGAUUUCAGCAGCCUGUGCAGGUGUCACAUCUGCCACUUUGACCAAUCCCAUCUGGUUAGUGAAGACCAGAAUGCAACUGGAGGCCAGGGGCAGAAAUGAGAAGUGCACCAGUGGCCUUCAGUGUGCCAUGCGCGUCUAUUACAGAGAAGGCCUGCGAGGCUUUUACCGUGGGGUUACUGCCUCCUAUGCUGGUAUCACUGAAACUGUGAUCCACUUUGUGCUUUAUGAGGCUUUGAAGCAGCGACUCAGAGAACAUCAGCUGCUCCUGACUCCAGCGGUUAUCCAGUCACCCAACAGCCAAGAUUUCUGCGGGCUGAUGGCAGCAGCGGCUGUCUCCAAAACAUGUGCUUCAUGCAUUGCCUAUCCACAUGAGGUGGUCCGGACACGGCUACGUGAGGAGGGACAUCGUUACCGCUCCUUCGUGCAAACUCUGCAGCUUGUGGCCAGAGAAGAAGGCCCCUUAGCUCUUUAUCGUGGACUUUCAGUUCACCUCCUUCGUCAGAUCCCCAAUGCUGCGAUUGUUAUGGUUACCUAUGAGCUGAUCAUUCACUUGGCAACCAAAUUGUGAUACCUUCCCAUUCUUGCCAGAUGGCUGAAGCUGUUAAAGGCUUUUAAGGGUAUGGUGCUUUAAUGGGUACACUUCCCCAUCCCAUAGUAAGCGCUGAAAAAGAAGCCUAAAAACUUAGGCACCUUCUGUAAUACGUGGUUUUGAAGACUUGAUAAGUGAAAGACAUCUUCAACUGCUUUUGGCCUUUAUCAGACAUUUAAAGGCAUGGACAAAGGAGCAAGUACAGACCACAAAUUUGGAAAUUCCAAAUGUGGAAUUUACUAUGCAGAAAUGUUUUGAACAAAACACCUCUACUGGAUGGUUCCAGGGUCCUGCAGGCCAGGUACUCAUGUACCUGUGUACCAAUGUACUCGUCAGGUGGUUUGGUGCACUGAAAGAGUUACGCUGUACACUUCCUAGAGCUGGAGCUAAUCUGGUCAGCUGGGUGGGAAAAUGCAGAGUUUUUAAGAAAAACAGUAAAAACUAGGAAGUUUUAUUGGAAGGAGAAUAGUAAUUUUAAUCCCAAAAUUGAGUUCUCCAUCAGUAUCAGCCAGUGAUCAGAACUUGACAGACCCAGUAAUGUUUCUCUUUUUAGCCUACAAAUAUAGCAAGUUGCUUAUCUUCUGAAGGUAGGCUGGGUGCUUGUGCCUUCCCUAUUCAUGUUCAUGCCUUUCCCACAACACAGCAACAAUAAGGACUGGAAAAUAAGUUUACUGGGAUGUGCUGUGCAUGGACUACCUUUGUAUUUAUCUUCUGGGGCUUUGUUUACAUUUCUUGAUUUGUAGAUUUUACCUCCCUAACAGGAGGGUAAAAAAAAAAUCAAGUGGAGAAGAAAAUAAUCUGCUGGCAGCUAGCAUGCACGAUUCUCCAUGUGGGGGAGAGCUGUACAGUGUUGAAGAGAAUUCGCUGAAGCCGGAAUCUAGCACACCCUCCAGCUGAAAGCUUGUGCAUGGACUUCUGGCUCUAUGAGUUAAAAAAAAAAUGCAAAGAAGAAUAAAACUGCAGUUUUGAGACUUAGCUCAUUUAGCUCAUUGAGACUUAGCUCAAAUGAGACUUAGCUCAUUUAUCAAAACACAUUGUAUCGUGUUUUAAGAAAUGAAACCAGGCCUUUAUGCUAAGAUGAUUGAUUGAUUGGAUUUUUAUCCCGCCACAAUUUUGCAACUCUUGCUAUUUAUUUAUAAUAAAUGAAUAAAGAGAAGUGGAUGGGAACAAGCCUCCCCCUUGACUCUUGGAAAAUUAGAAGAAUCCCAAGCAUUUCCAGGCUCAUCUCUCAGGAAUGCAGGCUAACCUCUUUAGCUGAGCUCCUCCUGGGUUUCCCUGAGACUUGAACUGUCCUCCCCGCAGGAACCUUUCAUUCCCUAAUAGGUGCUAUCCAAUUUGGGAGCAACACAUAGACCAGGGUUUUGCAAACUCUGCUCCAGGGAACUCCAGGGUUCUGCAAGAACUUGGUGGAGUUCCCUGAGAGACUAAAGGCCAGGAAAAAAAAAAAGUUCACUUGAACAUCACAAAUUUUCCAUCCCUGGAGCUUUGCCUCUUGAUUGGGUUCUGGGAGAGGAUGGAUGG